CUUGUCUAUCAGCAUAUCAACAAUUUCAAUUCAAGGUCGAGUUGCUUACAAAGUCACAACUGAGUGUGCAUAAAAGCUGGGGAGUCCUGUCCCUACCAACUUCAAGCGACUAAGAGUAUGCGAACCGGGUCCGGUUUGAAAGGGCGUCGGUCCCAUCAGAAGUCACGAACCGGUUGCCAACAAUGCAAGCAACGAAAGGUAAAGUGUGGGGAAGAGAAACCGACUUGUGGCAACUGCAGGAGACAUGAAGUGGACUGUUCCUUUGCUUUCUCCGCCCAGACGAAGGGCCCGACCUCAAUUGAUAACCAGCUAUCACCUCGCAGUCGGACCAUAACACCCCUACGUACCCCCGGGACGAUCCACUCUGGCUCCCCAGGGAAUGACAGCCAACUACAGACUGCCGCUAGCUCUGAACUGCAUAUUCCAGACUUGGAGUUACUGCACCAUUAUACUACCUCAACCGCAUACACAUUCUCGCUCCACCCACUCCUACAGACAUUCUGGCGAGUUGAGGUCCCUCGAAUUGGGUUCACCGCACCAUACACUCUCCGGGCAAUCCUAGCCAUAUCAGCUCUGCACCUGGCCUUUUUGCGACCAGAGAAAAUCCAGUUCUACAUCACACUGGCGAAAACUCACCAUGAAGCAGCACUAAAGCUCGCUACUCCCGAGAUGGCAAACAUCGGCCCGGAUAACUCGGCUCAGUUAUUCCUCCUAUCGGCCUUGUCAUCCUUCAUCAGCUGUGCGAAGCCGCUCAAACUGGGUAACUUUUUCCUUUUGGAAGACAACAACAUCGCCGACUGGCUCCUGCUUAUCCGGGGCACCGGAACUAUACUGGACUUUGCCGAUGAGUCGCUCAAAUCGGGGCCGUUGGCGUCGAUGUUCAGCGUCCGGGAUCAACUUCGGAACUUCAGAACUAGUCGGCGGCAUCAUGUUCUAGAAGAAUUGCACCAGCUUAUCCUGACCGAGGUCCAUGAUCAACACUUGAUCCAUAUGUACAUUGGCACGCUUGAUGAAAUGAACAGAUCGUUCGCGAUGUGCUUAGAACAUCAUCUGCGCCUUGAGACAGCGGAUGUCUUUGUCUGGCUAAUUCGUGUGCCAUAUGACUUUCUAGUAUUACUAAGGAACUACGAGCCCUUGGCCUUGGUAAUCCUGGGUUAUUUCUGUGUACUUCUGCAUCAAUUAGAGUGGAUGUGGUUUAUGAAAGGCUGGAGUACUCAUCUUCUUUCGCAGAUCUAUGAUCAGCUCAGUCCGACAUAUCGUGUUUGGAUUCGAUGGCCGAUUGAGCAAAUCGGCUUUCUUCCGCCUACGUGAUAUCUCGCAUUCGCUCAGGAAAGAGACCUCCUACUCCUGAUGGGCUGGUAAUGGACAGUCUUCUAGGGAUUAGUGUCGCCGUCCUUGCUUU